GGUACCACAUCAAAUGCGCAUCAUGUGAGACCAUCUCGAGUCUGCUCUCUCACCAGAGCAUGAGAUAGAGUGAAGAUCCAGCAUCACAUUUCCCCAAAGAGGAACAGAUGUGCAAAACAUGAAAUGACAAGAUCAACUACAUCUCCAUGCAGGAACGAAACAACCAUAAUGCAAGCGCCACUUCGGCGAUGGAACAUACAUGGUUCGGGGACCUAAUUGCAAAGCGAGAGACACACGAGAGGACAUCACGAAUAGUGAAGAAAUUUCAUGAGAAGGAAAAAAAAAACUUGACAUACCCCAUUCCGAAAAUACCGGAUCCAAUGAUUGGGAAAACCCAAUGAACAGAUGAAUAUGUUGUCCAUGCAAAGAGGAAUAAACCGAUAGGAACGAGACAGGCUCCUAGAAUAGCUGGAGGUAGGCGAUAUUCAGUCUUACAUAGUUCUUAUGCCAGAAAGGGUCAGUAGCCGCUGCGAUUAGCAUCCCGAUGAAUAGGCCCAGGAAUGUUAAUCCAACUUGGUAUGGUUGGAAUCCAUGGUUUCCCUCAAAGACGAGAGGAAAGGCGCCAAAGAAUAGGUAGAGGAUACCGAGCAAGAUGGCCGAAAAUAUGCAAAGGUUGAGACACAUGGGCUCAAAGAUUAAUAAUUGACCAGGUGCAAACCAACGAUCAUCGCCAGUCUCCUUUCGAAUCUGACGAGCUUUGGCUUUCAAGACAACCGGAUGAACGUAGAAUGUCCAACGCCACGACGUGAAUUGGUUAAUGAAACCAGAGAUCAAUGGACCAAAUGAUGGACCGAUGAACGGCGAUGCUGUAUAGAGUAGCAUAGGACCUUGAAGUUGUUCUCGGUUGAACAAAUCUCCCACUGUGCCUCCUGCGACGGACAAAAAAGCACUUCCGGAAAGACCAGCGAAGAAUCUCGCUACGAGCAUCGUUUGAAUAUUUUGCGCCACGGCCGAAGGAAUGAGCCAUAGUAAGAAGAAAGAAAAGGAGCAAAGAUAUAUCGGGCGACGACCAUAGAAUUCACUAUUGAUGUCAGUCCGAGCAACAUUGGCCCCAGACCAAGUCCAAGGAUAAACAUAGAAAGUCCAACCGUAGCGACUUCUCGAGAGCAAUUAAAUUCUUCCUCUAGCUGGGCUCAGAUUAGUAUGUGUGAUUUUCCACUUUUUUUUUGGAUAUAGCUUCACCAUCCAUGAGUAGGUAUUCAUGGUGCCGAGAAGGAACUUGCGCUAACAAUAAUAACCACCAACCACUUUCUUCCAUGAGCCAUACUUCUCGGACACAUGGGAUCACUGUCGCCACCAUCAAAAAUCACCUGGAAAGGAUCUCUCUCUUCAUCUCCUUGACCUUCAAAAUCGCCCGCA